AGAGCACAGCCAAAACUCGAGUGCUCGCUGGACCUGUAGACGUCUCCCAGCCCUACGGAGGCGCACACUGAUCGGAAUCAAUCGUCGCAUCGCUGCGCCGACGACGUGGGCCGGAUCGUUUGCCGUGUGAGGCCCUUCGCGCGAGGUGCUCUCUGUAGUGGGAGAGCAGCAUUCAUUACGAGCUGCUGCGACGCCCUGUAGCUGGGAGAGCAUUCAUCGCAGUAAGCUGUAAGACGGCGCAGCGAGCACCAUGGUCCUCGUCGACCACACGGCGCCCGUCGCGGCGCGAACCCGAAGCGCGGCGCAAUUAGACGAAACGGAAAUGAAGCGCAGCGCCUCCUUCGCCGGCACGGUCAAUAUUGGAUUAGCUUUGGGCGACCAAAAUAAACAAAAGCCGCUCCCUGAUUGGAGAGAUUUGAUCCUCCCGGGCUGCUACGGCGCUUUAGCAGGACUCGCGAUGAGCGUGCGGGCGAGCUGGGCGUCCUGUGCUGCUGGGUUGGGUCUGCUGCUGUGCGCCGGGCCGCCGUUGCUCUCGUCGACCUACACCAUAUGGAAUUGUACAGCGUUGAUAGCUCAAUUGUGCGACGCGUUCAUCCGAAUAGACGUCCCGCCGCGAUUACUGCCCUACUUAUUAGUGAACAGCUGGGCCAUCUUCUUCUCGUUCAACGUCAUGGCCAUCUUGUACCCGUCACACUACCGCGAAUUGGCGACGCGGAUAGAUGCAAGCAUGCCCUACUUCCACUUUUUAAAUACAUUAGGCCACUUCGUGCCCGGCUUAUUGUGCUGGUGGUGGUUCGACUCAUUGGCAUCCAGUGAUCGAAUCGAGGCGUGCGCCUGGACACAUACUGUCCCAGUCGCGUACGCGUCGUGCUUGUUUCAUAUCGCGUGGGCUUUUAGGGUGGCCGGCGGGUUGCUUUUGGACCACGUCUACCUGAAGCGGCCGCGCUUUCAGUGGUACGUCGCCUGGGCCACCGGCACGUGCGUCCCAUUUAUACUUGGGACGCGUCGUGGCAGCCGCGUGCGCGUCGGGGAACUCCCUAUCUAACAGUCUGUGAUACUUAAUACG